AGAGAGAGAGAGAGAGAGAGAGAGAGAGAGAGAGAGAGAACAUAACAAGUUUCGGUGGAGAUGGAGCUUGUAAGCUCUGUUCGUAGCAAUGGCAAAGCCAAAAUGCAGGAGGAGGAGACGCAUAAGCCAUUGAGAAAGUGGUGUUUCACUGUCUUUUCUGUCUCAUUGGCCGCUCUCCUCGUGUUUGGGGUUUUCAUAUUUCCGAACACAACAGAAUCUGAAUCAAACUCAUCAUCAUCACUGAGACGUGUUUUGUCUGCUUCGACCAUGUUGAAGACGGUCUGCAACGCCACUCUCUACUCGGACAAGUGCUAUUCGACACUCUUGUCUGUCAACUCGUCAGAUCCGAAGAUUCUCUUCCGGGCCUCUCUCCUUAAAGCUCGAGAAGAGCACCUGAGGAUUUUCGGGUACCCGAGAAAGCUGAUUUCGUCAACUGCUGAUGAAUCCGUUAAGGUCAGUUUGAAGGUUUGCGAUGAGAUGAUCGUCGAUGCUUUGGAGCAUCUGAACGAGACGAUUGAAAGCUUUGACGGGCUGGAGAAGGCCUUGACAAUGGUGGAGAUCGAUGAGAUUAGGAGCAAGCUGAGUUUUGCGAUUAUCGAUCACGAUACUUGCUUCGAGGGCAUCGACGAGAUUCUGGACUCGGAUUUCUCGGGUUACCAAAGGAAUCUGAAGCUCAUCAAGAAUCUGAAAGAUUCUAUGAAGGACUCGACGGAGUUUGUCAGCAACAGCUUGGCCAUUGUUACCAGAAUCUUGGGUGACCAUCAAUUACCAGGCUUGGAGAAGAAGUCGGGUCACAGGAGGUUGCUUGGGUUACAAGAAACCAAAUUAGGGUUUCCAGACUGGCUUGGUCUCGGUGACCGUCGAGCUCUUCUCGACUCCUCUGAUCUGACACCCGAUGUCACGGUGGCUAAAGACGGGUCUGGAAACUUCCAGACCAUCAACGAGGCGGUGGCUGCAGCUCCCGACAAGAGCAACUCAAGGUUCCUUGUAUACAUAAAGGAAGGUGUUUACACAGAAAACGUGUUCUUGCCUAAGAACAAAUGGAAUAUUUUAAUGUACGGAGACGGCAUCUCGAAGACGAUCGUCACCGGGAGACGGAAUACGAUCGACGAUCCCACCUUGAGAACCUUUCAAACGGCUACGUUCGCUGUGGAAGGAAACGGAUUCAUGGCCAAGGACUUGAAGUUCGUUAAUACCGCAGGGCCGGAAAAACAUCAGGCGGUCGCAUUCCGGUCUACAUCGAGCCGGUCGGUUUUGUACCAGUGUGCGUUCGCCGGUUACCAAGACACGCUCUACGCUCACAGAGGCGAACAAUUCUACCGCGACUGCGACAUAGUCGGUUCCAUCGACUUCAUCUUCGGCCACGCGGCCGCCGUUUUCGAGAACUGCACGAUCCGGCCGCGGCAGCCGCUCCGGGGGCAGUACGACACGGUCACGGCUCAUUCGGUCAGCGACCCGUAUGCGAAAUCGGGUUUUUCGAUCGUAAGAAGCACGAUUUCUCCCUUUGACGGCGAUAAUUUGACGGCGGCGGUUUACCUAGGACGGCCUUGGAAGAACUUUUCCACCACAGUGGUGAUGAGAACCGAAAUCGGGUCGCUGAUAGACCCGGCCGGUUGGAUCGCGUGGAAUGCGAAUGGGCCUCCGAAACCGAUGAUAUACUAUGGAGAGUAUAAGAAUAGUGGGCCGGGAUCAGGCUUGGGCAAACGGGUUAAAUGGGCCGAUACCAAUAUGACCCUUGAAGAGGCUCAGAAGUUUACCGUUGGCGAGUUCAUCAGCGGGAAGGUGUGGCUGAACAACACCGGCGUCCCUUUUGAUGAGCCUCUGUGAUUUCUCUUAUCCCAAAAUGCUUGUUUCAACGAUGUGGGAUUGGCUUCAUAUGUUCCAAAUGCUUAAAAUACAAAAUCUCUAAUCUUCUUCUGAGUUGUUUCAAAUGCUUUUAAACAAAAAAACACAACCCAUUGGAACACAAGUCAAUUCCGACCAAAACCUGAAUGUUGGAUUUUGGACAGACCCGUCACAUCCCGUCCCGUCCUGUAGAUUGGCCGAUACUCAAAAAUUUCGGAUAACGCGCACCCACCCUAGAGUCAGACACAAACACUCGAACCACAGUACUCUCGAGAUUGUCGAAAGAUUUCAGAUAAAGGAAAGGUUCUUACAUAUCUCUCGGCUGAAUGUUUGGCAUACAUCAUCUCAUCUGACAGACAAGAGUGAAAAGUUUUGUGCCAUAGAUUAAAAAAAAAGACAGUCUCCUGGUUCAGAAAUCGGAAU